AAAAUUUUUGGGUUUAAAAAGCACAGAACGAAAUUCGUGAUUUUUUUUCAAAAAUAAGUAAAAAUAAAACGAAGCAUGUCUAGUUUAGAUGAUUUCUUUGCCAAAAAGGACAGAAAAAAAUCCGCCACAAAGACCAACCUCUUGGCUGCCGAUGAGCUCUAUCGUACACUGGAGGAAACUGUCAAAGCGCCAAAGGAGGUGGAUAGCAAAGACAAGCUACAGUUUGAGGUGAUUAACAGCACAAAGGCAGCACUUGCAUUCGGCAUUCGCUUCUCCGACGAGGCCGUCGAUGAGGAGGACGAGUGGUGCGACUUUACUGAGGACCAUGAUCAGCCCUUUCCAAAACUAAAACGCAACUCGAGGCUGGCAUUGAGCCCGACAGCAGCCGUUGCCAACGAGGAUGUGCCACUCUCCGUGGACCACUGUCAUAUCGAAGAUACUGGCGGUGAUGGCUUGGACGUGGGUCAGUGUACCGAUGAGCUAUACAAGUCCGCUUGCCCUUGGCUCAUGCUACAGCCAAUCCAGGCAGUUGAUCUACAGUCGGUCAAGAAGCAUGAAGUUUAUGUGCCGCCAGCUUUGCGUCAGAGCCAAGGCGAUUUCAGUGUGCGCCGUGGAAAGCAGCUGUCAGCGGUGCCAGAGAAGCCUGCCAAGGGUCAGGCGCCAGAUCUAAACAAUGUCGAGUUCUUUCCUUCACUCUGUCGCUCACGCACCGCGAAGCGUGCCAAGUAGUUUCUGACUAUUCUUAUCAUUUGUUAGUUUUAUUUCAGUUUGCACUUUUAAAUUUACCACGAUUACACGAGUCGCCCUCCCUCUCUUA